CUGUUCUUUUCUAUUUUUAGACAGUGUUGCGCAUGCGUUGUGGAAUUUACGCUAGCAAUAAGAAAGAAAAUGGCGGUCUUCCUGAAGAAAAAAAAUGGAUUUUAUUAGAAUAACAUGCUGAUUGAAUUUUUUAACUUUUAAAAUCAUUAGCAGCUUAAGGCUUAGAAUGAGUGAAGAUGAAGUUCCACCUCCUCGGUUUGCUGGUCGAACCUACAGUCGGACAAAGCAGGCACCAGCUAGCAGAGUAGACGAUACGGCAGAUGGUAAAGGUGUACCUUUAAAAGCUGCAGUCUCGAUAUCUAGAUGGGGGAAGGCUAACUAUGUUCCAUUUCGAGAGGGCUCGGAAGGUUCAACUGAUGCUAAAAGAAUAAAAUUGGAAGUUAAACCAGAAGAUCCUUUUAGCUUUGAGACUGAUGACAAAAGAAAACUUAGCCCAGUUAAGAAGGAGCCAGUCCCUCAGCCACAAGAACCACGUCAAUCUACGAAGCUCCCAGCUUCAAGAAUUGUAGUGAAAAAUGAUGGAACCGAACAGAUAGUUGUCACAAAGGAAGAGAAUGUUAACAAAUCAUCCACACUUCGUACAUAUACUAGAACAACUGCUAAGACUCCUAUUAUUUUAGAUCAGUUUAUAGAAGUUGGUAAAACAGAAAUUACACCUACUGGUGAGACAAAAUUUUACCCUGGCACUAACUUAGCCUCACCAAGAGACUCCUCCCAGGAUGCAAAAUAUAGUUCCAAUGAAGAAGAUGAUGACAUAUACCCCAUUGAAUUUAGAAGAGAACCUCUUAAGACAUAUUCUGGUGAAGUUGUGACUCCCGUGGACAAACCAGACUCACCUCCAUUACGAAAGUCCGGUUAUAAAAAAAAGGGUGGACCUCGAGGCCGCAAACCCUUGACUGUGUCCGACCCUGGGCUGAUAGAAGAAUAUAAACGAAAUUAUGCAGCUCAGCAGCUGAAAGGAAAGCCUGAUACAGCGACAGGCGGUUUAAACAACAGUACAGUGGUGUUUAAAAAAGAAGUGGCCAAUGAAGACCAAGGCACCACUGUUGUUGUUGUUUGCAAGCCAAAGAAGCAAGUGGAAAAGGUUGAGGUUCAUGCUAAACAUGCCAUUAAAACUAAUGCUAAACCAAAAAGUAGUUUGUUCACAAUAACACUAGAUGGGUCUCAAGAAUCUGCUGGGGAAAAUGGAAACACAGAAUCAACUGGAUCUACUCCUGUACAAAAUGUUGCUGUGCGUACAAGCUCUAGGAUUAGAAAUUUGGCACAUGUGGCAGCUGAUAUGGAAGGGGUAUCUUCCCAAGGCAGUGGUGCUGUUAGUCAGUCGGAGUCAUCUACUCCUAACAGACGAGGGGCAAAUGACACAAUUGGUGCUGCAGAUUCUGCAUCCUCUCAGACAAUUUCAACACCUACAUCUGUUGAUACUUCUCAAAGUGAAACAUUAACUGGCAGAGGUAAGCGAUACAGGAUAUUUAAAUCCCGUGCACCUCAAGUAGAUGACGAUCUGAGACCCCCUGUGUUUGGAGAUGAGUUAGAAGAAGAAUCACCUUUACCUGUGGGUGGUGAACAGCACUUAAUACAAAAUGAAAGUGCUCAAGAGACUGUUGUUUAUAUUGAGUUAAAUAUGACAUCAGAUGACAACUCAUCUGAUCCUGCCUGUGUGAUCCCAACCACAGUUGAAGACUGUAUAAUAUCAGAAGAUCUUUCAGGUUUAAAUCCUAUAGACCCAGAGACUGCCAGAGAGUCCUUAGCAGCCAAACUUCGCAAUAUGGAAAAGGCAGACCAUGUUGAAUUUGAAACUUCAAACAUUACUGAUUGCCCUUCACCUAGAAAGUCUCGUUAUAAAAAAAGGGAUGCUCCUCCUGGUCGAAAACCAUUAACAGUUACUGAUCCUCAGUUAAUUGAAGAAUGUAAAAGAAAUUUUGCUGCUCAGCAACAGAAAGGAAAACUGGAUACCUCUGUGGAUGGCUUAAACAACAGUAAAGUGUUGUUUCAAAAAGAAGUCGCCAAUGAAGAUCAAGGCACAACUGUCGUUGUUGUUUGCCAGCCAAUCAAACAAGUUGAAAAUGUUGCAGCUCGUCCAAGAAUUCAAAAUAUUUCACAAUUGGCAGCUCAUUCUGAAGGCAGUCAGUCUCAGUCACAAGCUACACCAAAGAGUGGUGCUGAGACUGCUUCAUCUCAGUCUGUUUCAACCCCUUCCUCAAUGGAAAGUGACAACUCAGCAGGCAGCAGUAAGCGAUAUAGGAUAUUUAAAUCGCGUGCACCCCAUGUAGAUGAGGACCUGAAGCCUCCUGUUUUUGGGGAUGACUUAGAUGAAGAAUCACCUAUGCCUGCCAGUGAUGAACAGCAUGGUGUUGUUUAUUUAGAUGUAGAUGUGGCCACAGCUGAACCUUCAGAAAUGGAAGUUGAUCCCUUGAGUAUAAAGCAAAUAGAUCCUUCUGCUGCCAGAGAGUCCCUAGCUGCUAGACUACGCACCAUGGAAAAGAAUAAUGACUCAGACUCUACAGGAGAUAAUAUGUCAGAGUCCUCAGAAAAUAUUCAAUCUCAGGAAUCUCCGCUUAAUAGCCAAAGUACAAAUGAAGAGGGCAGUCAAAAGGAAGCAGCCAGUCCACCUAGAAAGUUUUUCAAAUCAAAAAAAUUUUCAUUAUCGUCAAUAGAUCAUCAUAGAAAACUAUUAGGAGGCAGUCCACAAAAAGGGUCCCCUGCUAAAGUAACCUACAAUCCACGAACUUGGAAUAAUGCAAAAGAUGCUGAUGAAGAAAAAGAGAGUAAUAUUGCCAAGCCUGGGCUGGAUGAAGAUAUUGUGUUGAUUAAAGACUCCAGCAAGGGACCAAAGUUAAAAAGAGAAGUCCACUAUCCUGAGAGGACCUAUGAUGAAGCUUACACAUCACUUAGAGUUAGCAAAACUCACAAAGAGCUGUAUACAGUAGUCCAUCAUGUGAAACAAAGUCAUGAAGUGCAAGAGUUGGGGGAGACUCAAGACUUUAUGGAUGAAGUUGAUUACUUGCUGGACAGCUUGCAAGACUCUAAAUCCAAAUCUAUUCGUUGCCUUAGCUGUUUAAAACUUGCUGGCAAGUGUAUAUCUCCUGCAUUUCGAAUGCACAUGAGAGCUCAUGGGACAGUCACCAAAAUAUUCAGUCUACUUCAUGAUGCCUGUUCAGAUCCUUGUUUGGCACUGAGUACAUCGGCCAUGAUGUUCAUGUUGAGUCGUGAUCGGCUAAACAUGGACCUGGAUAGAGACAGUCUAAAUCUAAUGCUGAAACUGAAUGAGGUGGACUCUGCGGAUAAAGGAAACAUGUCCACCAGCGGUGACUUGGAGAAGACCAAAGUAAGAGUGCAAGAACUGCUGGCACAGUUGCAGCAAGAAACACAUGCCAGAGAAAUUGACUUAGGAUUUGUUUCGACUGGCAAUCUGGCAUUGGAAUCUUUAUUAAGUUUAACUUCAAGACGGGCUGGUGAAUGGUUUAAAGAAGAACUUCGUUCAUUUGGUGGCCUUGAUCACAUUGUGGAUUCUGUGACAAACUGUGAGAAAAAUCUACCUGAAGACUUGACACAGGAUAUCCAGAAUGCACUGCCUGUUUUGAGGAAGCUAGAUAGGUGUUUGAGAGUUCUGGAAAAUAUCAGUUUUAUGAAUUCUGAUAACCAAAAUUAUUUAAUAGCUUAUAAAAAUGCUGCCUUGCUUCAGUCUUGCACAAGACUGCUAAGAAUGUGUCAGAAGUGUAUGCCCACAUAUACUGUACAAGAUAGUGUGGAGGAGAACAAGGCUGUUAAAGACACACCAGGCUUCACAGUUCUCACCUGUAUGUUAGCAGUUCUCAGGGUUCUACUCAACAUCACCCAUGAACACAUAUUGGGAGGUUUAGACUCAACACAUGAGACAUCUUUAAUGACCACAAUAGUCAAAUGUUUGACUACCACGCAGUGGUGUGUUCCAAUAGAGCAGAGGUUUGACCUGGCCAUCCUGUGUCUGGGCCUGCUCAUCAACUUGGUAGAGAACAGAGAAACCAACAGACAAAUUAUGAUGGAGAUGGAGACUCAAGUGAAGUACACAGAGAAAGAGCAGCCCAAAACAAUGAGUGCUAUUAAGGCUGUAGUACAACUAUUUGUUCAAAGAGAGCAAGCUGCCCGUGAGUUGGAGGAAGACCGAGAAAUAAGUUCAGGCGACACAACUACAGCCGAGUCCCCUAACAAAAGCGGAGAGUGGAAAGAGUCAGACUCUGGCAUCCAGUGGAUCACUAACAGUCUGAAGAAGGCCAGAGAAGAGGAGGGGGAGAAAAGCAUGACACCAUCUGGCUCUAACAAAAGUGUGGAGGGUGAAGAUGCCAAUCAGACUAUUCUGGAGGACGAUGAAGAAACUUUUACCCGAGCUCUAUUAAAAGCUGGUAAACAUAUGGAAAACAGCAUUGUGGCAUCUUAUGCAGGUCUUUUAUUGGGAACAACCAUCAUCAAUAAUAAGGAGUAUGCCAAAACAGUGAAACAACUCAUUCCACAUGAAGACUUUGGUCCCAUGAUUAAAAUGUUAAAGAAAUUCCUGAACUUUAUGAGUCUUACGACUGCAUUUGGUAGCACAGAUGUGAAUAACAUAACUAAGGUGAUAGACGUAUUGGAGUCAGCGUGAUAAUAAUUUGUUGAACAUUCAUGUGUUCCUUGAGUGGAUGGACCGUGCAGCUGUUUGAGAGUUUUUCACCUUGUUGUUUAUUACUGUUUGGUUUCCUUCGUCAUGGCUGCAUAUGUAUUGAGAAUGUAGUUAGGAUAAAAUCACGAUAUGAUACAUUCACAUAUCAAUGUGUCAUCCUAGUUGAUCUCAUCUCUUUGGAGAUGACCAUUUGUGUUCUGACUCACGUGUAGUUAUGUUAAGGAAAAACAAAUGUACUAUCAUUUUAUAAUUUGAUUUCAUUGAAUUUUGUUGUAUUCCCUGAUUCUACUCUUGGUCAUUGUUGCCCUUCAAUAACAAAUCUAUUAGAGACACAUUAUACUCUGGCUAUUUUUUUCAUCGAUUUUUAAUUGGUAUACAGAUUGAAUUUUGUACAUUAUGUAAUCUUGAGAAAAAAAAAAGGGGGGGGGGGCUUAUAAAAUAUAUAAUCAAUUAUUUUUAAUUCUUGUCUGUUAGUAUUGUGGUCUGUCAUCACAUGCUAUCAUCAGCUUUUGUUCACAUCAGGCUUCAGUUAGUAAUGGACUUGAAAAAGAAGAGCUGAGAACUAGUACAAUAGAGCAUUGUAGUUUUAAGUGAGGUGGGGUGCCCUCUAGCCAACCCAACAUUGAGACUUGGACCAGAUCUCAUCAGUACCUGGUAUGAGCCGACUCAGGGUGGGAAAAUGUUCUGUUGGUCAGGUGACAAUGGCUUUGGAAAUGGGUUAAGUUAGUGUUUGCCUGUUGAGGGAAGUAGUUUUCACCAUUCUUGUGUUUCUAACAAACACAUUGUAACAAUACAAGUCCCAAACACUUUGUAAGUAAUUGUUGGUUAGUCCCAAAAAAAAACGUUUUUACUUUCAUUUAACAGAAUUAGUACUUUGGUAAAAAUAAAAAAAAAAAACAGUCAUGGACUGUUGAAGUAACAAUAGUUUGUGUCUGGAUUGUAGUUUCAACUGACAUGCGACUCUGGAUGUAUGUGUUAGGGUUUUCUAUCUACAGAGCUCUCGUCUUGUUCUUUGGUUCCAUAGCCACCUACUUUUUUUUUUUUUU